CAAGAACCUGAAAUCAGAUUCAUCAAAGCGCGUCACACUCGCAGAUCGUAUGAUUGGUAAAAGUAACAAAUUCAGUUGUUACGUAUCAGCGUUCGCUAACCACAGGGGUGGUCACAUUUACUAUGGUAUUGAUGAUGAUGGCAUUGUCCAGGGAGAGAACAUAGAAGAACAUUCGGAAAUUGAGAAGAAAGUUGAAAAAUCCAUCCAGAAGAUGAUCUGGCCUGACGUGAUUGGUCGACCAAAGCGAGGAGAACACUGGGAAAUUUUCUUUGAACCAGUGCUGGACGAGAAGUCCAACCCUAUCCCAUCAACGUUUGUGAUCGUGAUCUUUAUCGCUCCUUGUUUUGGUGGAGUGUUCACAGAGGAACCAGAAAGCUAUGAAAUGGUGGAGGGAAAAGUUAAAAGAAUGUCGUUCACAACUUGGAAGGCGAAACUACAACCUGGUUAUCUAAACAAAACAAAACAAGAAGUUCCUCCGACUAUUAAAUGUAUUUCAUUACGUCCUGCGGCAAAUAAAUGUUGCACUGAGGUUAACGAAGUUUUAACUGAGGCCAUAAAUAACGCGAAUUGGGAAUCUUUCACGAGACGUGCCAUAGAAUUUAAACAGAAAUAUCCCAACAAUCUUGAGUCGCUGCAUCAAUUUAUGAAUGUCAAGACGACGCAGAAUUCUCGCCAGAGAUACUUUGUAUCAAGGCACUGGAACACCUGGAGUAUGUUGAAGAUGCUCCAGUGGCACGGGCAGAGAAGUAUCAUAAUGCUCAUAUCACAUUAGCAGCGUAUCAUCUGGGAUAUAAUUUGUCAGGAAAGAUAAUUAAAAAAGCCAUCGAUAAAGAAAGCUUGAAAAAGGCCCAAGCAAGUUUAAUGGCAGUAAAUCACUCAGUUGUAUGUGACGGAAAUCCACUAACGGGAUACAGAGAGAUUUGGUUCACAUUGGCACGAUCAAUGCUUUACAUCAGACACUCGCAACUUGAACCAAAAAAGCAAACGAAAUUCCUCAAAGAUGCAUUUAAUUACGCAAAGAAAGCUGAGAAUCUCGCCAAACAUUUUGGUCUCGUGGAAAUGGUUUCCUGGGCUCAGACUACAAUUGCUUCUUGUAUUGAGGCAUUAUUACUUGCAAAGUUGAAGGCAAUAAAAAAGUUCAACUUAAAGGUAUUUAAAUCACAGCAAAAAGUAUAGAAACAACUCGAGACAGCGAUAUGGCACUAAGACUAUACUUGAGUAUGUUCAGUCAAAUGUAAUCAUGAUAUAAUUACCGAAUGUGAACAGUGUGAUCAAACAGACACAAACUCGUGUUUAAUAUAGCUUUAGAUAAUAUAAACAUCUGUUCGUGAAGUUUCUGUUAACCUGGACAAUUUAGGUAACAACCAAAAGCACCUUAGAACCAAAAGCAUUUAUAAACUCAAUGUAGACAGUAAUAGUAUAUAUGGGAACAUUAAAAAACUGUGUAGCUUGAGAAAAAAAAGGAACAAAAUAGUAGGUAUAUAAGCCAAAACUAGUUAGGGAAUUUACAUCGUAUCAUACUUAUACUUUCUUUUGCACUACCGUUACCGCAAUCUAAGUACAAAUCGAGGACCAUUUUUUACCUCCAGUACAGGAUAGGAAAAUCUAUCGAUUGUUUGUCAAAUAAAUAAGUAGUCUGUAAUUAGAAAGAGGAGAUAAUAAUUGCAUAUAAUUGCAAAGA